AUACUGAUGUUUGUUUUUAUUUAUAUAGAAUCUUUACAUAUUGACAGAUCUGCAUCUGCUGAUAAUAGUGAACUCAAUAUUGAAUUAUUGAUUAAGAACUUGAAGAAUGUGAUAAUGAAGAAAUUGUCUGUGUCAUAUGUGAUCAGGUCUUUCAUAUCCCUCUCUGCUUCUUCUGCUACUGUCUCUCAAUCUUCUACAUCUGUCUCUAUGUCUGGUUCUCCUGCUCCUGCUAUCUCUGUUUCUGUGACUCUUACUUUCACCACUUCUACUCUCUCUAAUUUUGCUGUCUCUGCUUUCAUUAUCAGCUCUCUUUAUUUCAAGAAGAUGUUGCAUAGACUUAAUGAAUUAUAUUUAUCAAGAAUCACUUCUCUCUUCAACAGUAUCAAGAUUAUAA